AUGCAUACAAAUAGUUUUAUAGGUUUUUCAACUCCUCUAUCUGGUGGUGUUCCAUCACCAUGUCAUUUUAAAACAGAUUCAAUAUCUCAAUUAAAGUUGUGGAUGGAUAAAAAUGAAAAGGCUCCAAUAUUGAACAUUCAUUGUGUUCAAGCCAUUCCACCACCCAAUCAAACAGUAGCACCACCAAAUUUUAUUCUCGCUGGCUAUGGCACCAGCAAAUCAAAAGUUCCGAUGGACAUUCAGCAUUUUAUCUUUACAAAAAAUAAUCGAAUAAAAAGAUAUCGUUCAUUAUAA